AUGUCUCUCGCAGACCGACUGCUCGCGGACCUUGACGGCCUUUCCGAUGGAGAGGAGGAGGCUCCUCAGGCCUCGUCGUCUUCGAUGCCGCCUCCUCCCCUCAACGCUAACGGCAAGCGGUCACUUCUCGACGACCUCGAGGAUGAUGUCGAGCAGGACGGCGACCUGAAGAUGGAGGACGGAACCGAUGCCGUUGGAUUUGUGCCAGAGGGUGGUGUUCGACCCGCGGAUGAGCUUGACCAGGACGAGGUCAACGCAACGGACAUGACGGAUUACGGGGACGUGACCAAGGUCGCAAAGCUGAUGACGGGCAAGAAGCUGAAGGAGGUGCUCGCCGACAUUGAGCGGUAUACUGCCUCGCCGACCGACAUGUCGACUGCUGCCGGAGCGCUGGAGGAGAACCCCGAGUAUCAUCUCGUUGUGACGGCGAACAACAUGAGCGUCGAGGUCGACAACGAGAUCAUGCUCGUGCACAAGUUCAUCCGCGACCACUACGGCGUGCGCUUCCCCGAGCUGGAGCAGCUCAUCAACGACCCAUGGACGUACAUUGCCGCCGUUCAGGCCAUCGGCAACAUCGACGACCUCACGAAGGCGACGCUCCCGUCUUCGCUCCCGGCAGCGACCGUGCUCUCAAUCACGCUGACGGCGACGAGCUCGCGCGGCAAGCCGAUUACCGAGUCCGAGUGGCAGACGACGCUGAAUGCGAUCGAGGUUGCGAACCAGCUCAAGUCUGCGCGUGAGGAGAUUUUCCGUUUCGUCGAAAGCCGGAUGUCCGCCGUCGCCCCGAACAUCAGUGCGAUCGUCGGAACCAACAUUGCAGCCAAGCUGCUUGGUCUGGCCGGUGGUCUCAACGCCUUCUCGCGAGCGCCGUCGUGCAACGUCAUGCUGUACGGUGCUUUGAAAAAGUCUCUGGCAACGACGCACCUGAGUGCGGCUGGACAGCAGCGUCACACCGGCUUCAUCUUCCAGUCUGGUCUCGUGCAGAGUGCUCAGCCGGAAGACCGGCGGCGAGCGCAGCGCGCUGUCGCUGCCAAAGUGGCUCUCGCUGCCCGUAUCGAUGCGGGCAAGUCGUCCCGCGACGGAAGCUACGGGCGCAAGCUCCUGCGGGAUCUGGAGAAGAAGAUUGCCAAGAUGUCCGAGCCGCCACCCAACAAGAUGGUCAAGGCUCUGCCGGUGCCGCAGGAGACGGCGCGGAAGAAGCGUGGUGGUCGCCGCGCCCGAGCGCUGAAGGAGAGGUAUGCGCAGACGGAGUUGCAGAAGCUCCAGAACAGGAUGGAGUUUGGCAAACCGGAGGAGGAGACGGGUGUCGACGACGAAACGGUCGGCCUGGGUAUGAUCGGCAGCGGCAAGGUGCGCGCGCAGGUUGUCGACCAGCGAAGUCGCGCGCGCCUGUCCCGUGCAAACAAGCUUCGUACCCAAAUGCUCGGACGCAGCGCGCUCUCCUCCGACUCGGCCAGCGGUACCUCUACCUCGCUUUCGUUCACACCUGUCCAGGGUAUUGAGAUCGUCACGCCAAGUCUCAGCGCGGCGCAGAAGGUCCAGGAGGCGAACGACCGGUGGUUCGCCAGCGGAACGUUCACGCAUGUCAAGAAGGACAAGAACACGCUCCCGGGAGGUAUGCAGCAGUAG